CAGGCCGGGCGUGGGGGCCUGUGGGAGGUGGCGCGGCCUGGCCCAGCUGCGGGGCGGAGGCGGAGGAGAGGCCUGCGGCGGCAGGGAGCGGCGGGUCCGGGAGCGGGCGCCGGAGCCGAGCCGAGCCGAUCCAGAGCGGGCGGCGAGGGCCGGCGCGGCGAGCAGAAACCAUGUCGGUGUUCGGGAAGAUGUUUGGGUCUGGAGGGGGGAAGGCCGGCAAGGGCGGCCCGACCCCCCAAGAGGCGAUCCAGCGGCUGCGGGAUACGGAGGAGAUGCUAAGCAAGAAACAGGAGUUUCUGGAGAAGAAGAUCGAGCAGGAAUUGACGGCCGCUAAGAAGCACGGCACCAAAAACAAGCGCGCGGCCCUUCAGGCACUGAAGCGCAAGAAAAGGUAUGAGAAGCAGCUGGCACAGAUUGAUGGCACACUGUCCACCAUCGAGUUCCAGCGGGAGGCCCUGGAGAACGCCAACACCAACACCGAGGUGCUCAAGAACAUGGGCUACGCCGCUAAGGCCAUGAAGGCCGCACACGACAACAUGGACAUCAAUAAAGUUGAUGAGUUAAUGCAGGAUAUUGCUGACCAGCAAGAACUUGCGGAGGAGAUUUCCACAGCUAUUUCCAAACCUGUAGGGUUUGGAGAAGAGUUUGAUGAGGAUGAACUCAUGGCGGAAUUAGAAGCACUUGAACAGGAAGAGCUAGACAAGAAUUUGCUGGAGAUCAGUGGUCCUGAAACAGUUCCUCUACCAAAUGUUCCAUCAAUAGCCCUGCCAUCCAAACCCACCAAGAAGAAGGAAGAGGAAGACGAAGACAUGAAGGAGUUGGAGAACUGGGCUGGAACCAUAUAAUUGGCCCAGAGUGGAUGGGCCCAGACAGACUCUGAUGGCCUGGCGGGCAGGCAGGCACAUGCGUGUGCGGGCAGGCAGGACGGUGCAGGCAGGCGGCCGCCGGCGCUCGAAUCUCCAAAGCAGUGGCUGCAUCGCUGCUCAGCUCACAUAGCAUGGCCUGCGCCCAGAGGGGCGGGCGGGGGGAGGGGCGGGCGGGGGGAGGUGCCUGCUGUUUAUAAUGUUGAAUUUCUGUAAAAUAAACUGUAUUUGCAAAUCCAACAUUGAGCUUCUGGACUACGCUAACGCCGCUGCUGAAUCUUCAAUGGAAAGGGUUGACCAUUUGCAGUUGAAAUGAUCUGAAAAUGUAGCUUCUAUCCUACGUCAGUUGACCUGUCACACAUCUCUGUAAGACUUGUAUGGUACUGGCAGAAAGUCGUUUUUUAAAAGCCAUAGGCUUUUCUUGUCUUAGCUGUAAUAAUGCUGGCUUUGGUUUCCUUAAGAGCUGUGUUUCUGUCUGUCACUGUGUACUGGCCCCUGUGUUUACCACUCGCCCUCUUCACUCCCGCUUCCCAGUCUUUUGGAGUUUGUGACACUUGAUUUAAAAUGAAUGUGUUCUCUCGAGAGAAGUGAGAUUGUUAGAGGUAAAUUCCAGCUAUACAGUUUUCUAACCUAGCUCUAAGGUACUUGUUGCUGUUUGUGAUAACUGAUAGAUAACCCAUUGGAAACGUGCAUACAUUUAUAUUCAGAUGAAAUUAUGGUUUGCACUGUCUAUUAAAUAUCUCGAUUAAUUUUCAUA